ACAAUGUUACAAGCAAACUGGAAUUUGUCCCGCAAAGGCCGGCUUGAUCGAACAUCAAUGGCACUCCUUCCACCAUAAAAUCACAUCUCUCGAAGUCGAUCAUUUCACUUCACCACACUUCCAAGGAGCCCAUAUCGAAACGAACAGAUCAACACGACUCCGCGAGCAGCAAGCAUGGGACCAAAGCGAGGCGCAAAGCGGAAAGCCUCCAAGACGGCUGGUGAAAAUGGCGCGAAUGGCUCACCUGCCCUGGUCUUGCCCGACCGAGAAUCAUGGUCAGGAUGGGUUGAAGUCGAAAACGAGCCGGAGCACUUUACGAUCAUGCUUCGACAAAUGGGCGUAGAGGGACUUCAAGCAGUGGAGGUCUUGGACAUUCCAUAUGCUCUGGCAUUGCCCCGACCUGUCUACGGCCUCAUAUUCUUGUUCCGAUAUCGAGACGAAGACAUGCGGAUGGAUGGCAACGAGCAUGAGUCCAGUCAUGUCUGGUUCGCGAAUCAAGUUCCGGACUACGCCUGUGCUUCGGUAGCUCUGCUCAACAUCGUCAAUAACAUCCAGGAUCUGAAGAUGGGAAAGCAAUUGAGCGACUUCAAAGCUUUUACCAAGGAUAUGGAUCCCCUGACGAGAGGCGAUACUAUUGACAACUUCGACUUCGUCAAGCGUAUUCACAACUCAUUUGCCUCGCAGAACGACUUUCUCAACGCGGACGCGAUCGCCAAAGACAAGUUCAACAAGUACAAGAAGAAGCCUGCGCAACACAAGAAUAUGGUCGAUGACGUGAUUCCCGACGUAGACGGCAACGGGCACCACUUCGUGGCAUACGUACCCGUCGGAAACCAUGUCUGGAUGCUUGAUGGUCUGAAUCAUUUCCCACAAGAUCUAGGCUGCUUCGAGGCUGGUGUCGAAGGCGGCACCGGAGAGUGGAUGGACGUCGCAGCAACGGAUCUUAUGAUUCGCAUGGUCAAGGGCGGAGACGACUACAGCCUCAUGGCCAUCGUAGCAGACCCCGUAGACCAGGAGAAGGCCAAGCUGGCGGAGAAUGUCAAGACCCUGCAAACAAUCGACACUCAACUCGACAUCCUCGAUGGCGAUUGGAGGUCGAUGGAUGGCGGAGAGACGAAAAAGGAAGUCGUCACUGGCAUUUCCGAAACCUUUGGACUCUCUCAGGCCGAUGUCAACGAUGCGGAGCUCCCCGACAGUAUCAAGGAGAAGAUCGCUAAGGGUGAUGACCUACUCGCUCUGCUGCAAUAUCGGCAAGACAUUGUCAAGAAGCAAGCCGGCAUCCGGGCGGAUGCGCUCGAAGCGUUGCGCGCAUCACAACGUCUCGAUACAGAUGGCAUCCAUUUGCGGCACGACUACGACAACUUUGUGAGGAGCUGGGUCGGUGCUCUGGCUGAACAAGGUGUACUCGCGGACCUGGUCGGUGGGUGA